AUGCUGUAUCGUAACGGCCUUGACGUCAAGACUCCACCUUCGGCUGCCAGUGUUGACCCCGAAAACGCGAUCGUUUGGGGCGAGCGGUUACAAUUACUACACAUGGCAACGAGUAUCCGAGCAGACAAUUUUAAAAGCGCUGACUUUCGCGAGUCUCCUCGCUUCUCCUGUGGCUGCCAGCUAUGCAUUCUACGUGGGAAAGAACCUCACAGCAGAUGGAAGCGUCCUGGUCGGCGGCACUGGCGAAGAAGUGUCGAGCCACUGGCUCCAGCUGUUCCCGAGCGUGACCAUGCUUCAAAUGCCACAAUCACCGUCGGCGUCACCAAGGAUGCCACCAUCCCCGGCGAACUCAUCCAGAUCCCGCAGGUCAACCACACGUUCCGCUAUCUGAGCAUGGAGUACUCGGACUUUGAGGGCUUCCCCGCACCGCUGACCAACGGCGGCCUCAACGAGAAGGGCGUCGCCGUGAGGGACGUGUGGGCGGAUAACAGGCAGGAAUUGAUCGACAUGACGCCUACGCCGCAACAUGGCUUGCAGUACAGCGAUCUUGCGCGUGUGGUCAUGGAGCGCGCGAGCACGGCGCGGGAGGGCGUCGAGAUCAUCGGGGAUUUAAUCGCCAAGUACGGCGAGGCUACGUACGGCGGCAACUCGCAUCUCAUUGCCGACAAGGACGAGGGCUGGGUUGUGUGGGAGAUGGCCGGCGGCGAGGGCCUCUGGGCGGCGCAGCGACUGGGACCCAACGAGGUAAAGGUCCUGUACCCAGGGUAUAUCGAAGAUUUUCCUGUCGAUUUCGCCGAUAGCGACGACUUCAUGGGGUCGGAAAACAUUGUCUCCUUUGCCGUCGAACAGGGUUGGUGGAGCUCCGACUCGGGAAAGCCCUUCAACAUCUUCGACGUCUACGGCCCUCAGGAUCCCCGAUACACGGCUCGUGAUGGAGGAUACAAAUACAUGUCCCAGGCCGCUCUGGAAAAUGCCACUCUCGCCAUGGCGCCAGUCACAGAAGAGGAUCUGAUUGAGCGCGUGCGGGACUACCGGAUCGACGACGAUGAAUCCGGCUACGGGCAGGUUGUUCGUCUUCGAGCCGGCAUUGACAAGGACCUCCUCCGCAUCUGGGUUGCGCCGACCGGCUCCGUCGCAGCGCCGUUUGUGCCGUGGUGGCUAGGAGUUCAGUCCAUCCCUCCCGAGUAUGGCGAGCAUCGAUACCUCACUACCGGCGCCUCGGGCAGCUUCCUCAACCCGGACUAUCAGUUCCAGGAGGCCUCUGUUUUCGCGGGACGAGUCUUCAAGCGGAUUCUGUACUACAUGUGCAGCGCGCCUAAUACCUAUCUUCCCAUUGUCCACACCAUGUUCAAGGGCUUCGAAGAGCAAUCGCGCACUCAAGUCUCGGAGUGGGUGGAGAAGAGCGCCCGAGCUCUGAUCUCCCACGACCAGCGGAAAGCAGCACAGAAGCUAUUGACGUUUUACUCGCAUACUCGUGCGGCCGACGCGUUGCAGAUGGGUCAAACUAUGGCAGAGUCGCUGGAUGGGUACAUCAAACUCACGGGACAGUGGCGUGACCCCAAGGGUAGCGAGAUCAACGAUGCCGGGGAGGGAGCCGAGACUGUUAACUGCCUGGUGGGCUAUGAUCCUGAUCAACCAGCCGAUAGGCAGAAAGCGUCAAAGAAGCGUUCAUCCGGACGAAGCUCUCGUGGGCUAAGGAAGCAGAGAAGCUAAGUGCUGCGAUGAACAUCGGGUGGUAUUCAGUUACGAAAUGUGCCAUGAAAAUACUCUGUUUGAUCUCAGUUUAUUUGCCGCCUCGGAUUAGGUACAGCGCCUGGUUGUGUAUUGUCACUAUGCAUAAUUUUCCACAUCACGAUACCAUAUCAGGGGACAUUCAAGAAAAGGGAAAGAAAGAGACACGCAAAACCGUCACAACAAACCACUGGUAUAUUCGAGGUGUCCAAAAUCUUCACCUUGUUGUUCCAAUCCUUGGGGUGAAGCUCGUAACCGGGUUUGCAAUCCAUUAUUAUUACUUG